ACCUUGUUCACCAGCAGCAGCAGCAGCACACAGCAGUAGCGGUAGCAGCAGCGCUGUACACCGGGCAGUCGGAGGAGCACAGGCGUGGAGACACACCGCCGGGGAGCGGGCACCAGAGACCGGUAACGCCACGGCGGAACUUCCCGGCCGUUUCUAGGUCCUGGGGAAAGCGCGUGAAGACCGUCAUCAUAUGACUGAAGGUUCCUCUUAGUUUUAUCAGCUGUGAAACGGGAACUCCUUCAGGGCCAAAUUUGGGAGUAACGUAGCCGCUGGUGGUGUGGAAGAGGAGGGGGAAAAGGAUGCAGUUCCAGCUCGUCUCCGAGCGCCGCGCAGUCCGCCUCCGACGCUGCUGAUGCCCGCCGCACAGGGAUCACCGCCCAGCAGCAGCAGCAGCAACAGCAGGAGGGGGUCAGGACCACAAGGCGAAGGGGACUGGUAGGGAUGAUGAGGACGGUCAGGUCGGGAUCAUGGCUAACGGAACCGGUACCAUAAUGUUAAAAUGCGUCGUGGUCGGAGACGGUGCAGUGGGCAAAACGUGUCUUUUAAUGAGCUAUGCCAACGACGCCUUCCCCGAGGAGUAUGUGCCCACAGUCUUUGAUCAUUAUGCAGUGAGUGUCAACGUCGGUGGAAAGCAGUACCUGUUGGGACUAUACGACACAGCUGGUCAGGAGGACUACGACCGCCUGAGGCCGCUGUCCUACCCAAUGACCGAUGUCUUCCUCAUUUGCUUCUCUGUGGUCAAUCCUGCCAGUUUCCAGAAUGUGCGAGAGGAAUGGGUGCCUGAGUUGCAGGAAUAUGCACCCAGUGUUCCGUACCUGCUCAUUGGCACCCAGAUUGACCUUCGUGAUGACCCCAAGACCAUUGCCAAACUGAAUGACAUGAAAGAGAAGCCAAUAGCUACAGAGCAAGGACAGAAACUGGCAAAGGAGAUUGGUGCAUGUUGUUACGUUGAAUGUUCAGCACUGACCCAGAAGGGCCUGAAGACGGUGUUUGAUGAGGCUAUCAUUGCCAUCUUGACUCCCAAGAGAAUGAAGGGAACCCUGAAGAGAAGACUGGGACCUCGCUGCAUUAACUGCUGUCUGAUCACGUGAUGCAUAAAUCCAGAGAUCGGUCAGCAGCCAACCCAUAAACCAAACCAAGACUGAAGGCAAACAGAACAAACAGAAGUGAAAUGCACAGACAGCAGUUUGAGACAAAAAAAUGUGACUGAAAUUGGCAAAAAAAACAAAACAAACAAGAGCUACUUUUAGCUGCAAUGCUCUUGAAAGGCCAUAUGUUUCUCUCCUGCUGUCCAUCACUGGGGUUGAGGAUGCAGUUUACUACCAAAGGAGCACAAAACCCAAGUCACUCUCUUCUUCGUAAAGACUUUUUGCCUAAGAGUACCUUCUUUUAUAGCCAUUUUUAAUCUUUUUUCCUGUACAAAAUUGUUGUAUGCUGUCAUACAAAAAAAAAAAAUAUCAAUGGCUAUUCAGUUUUAAUAGAAAUGCUACAUUUAUGGAGUUCAUAUAAGUUCUAUGGUUUUGAAAGAUAGAGAUAUGUGUGUCCAAAUUAAGGAGAAGAAAACAAAAAACAAAACAGCAGCUGAUUAAUAAGGAGUUGCUAGUUUAAUGUGACACUGUGACGGAGCCCACGGCGUACUGUUUCUCUGGACACACAGGCCCAGUAUCCUCUUUGAUUUCUAUCUUGCUACAGAAGCCUUGUUGGCCCACAAAGACUGUCUACAACUGUGAGAACCUGCAGAUGAAACAUGCAAUGCUUGGCAUAGUGUAUGUAGGUGGUAACACAAAUCGAUAGUGAAAUUCAGAUUUUGGACCUAGAACUGUAUUAUUUUCAAAGUUUGGAAGUCUUGUGUUGUUUGCCUUAUGAUAAAAAACAAAACCCCAUGAUUUUAUAGUGUGGCAUGCCAAAACAUACUGUAAAAUAGGUCUGGGGUUGAGGGCCUCCAUUUUUACAAUGUAUAUUAUCCAGAGUUUAUGCUUCUGUAUCUCUAAAACAGGUCAUCCAGACUGUGCAAAAUUUUAUUUUGUCUACAAAUAGCUCACCUAUUUUAACCUUUUUGAUUUGAAAGAAUGUGUUCUCAUUUUUAUCACGUUUCAAGUUUUUUCCAAAGCGCCAAGAAGAGAGACAUGUCAUUUUUAGAAGUGAAACGGAUUCAUAUCCAACAUCCAAAGAAUCAAAUGCACAUAAUGUUUUUCAUCAGACGCUUGCUGAAGUCACCCCGAGACAACAUGCACAACGUGAAGCACAGUUACACCACUCGAUCUCCCAAACACAGCAAAGCACGUUCCUCUGCUUUUCUUUUACAAACCAGCCCCAGUCUCCUUUUGAAAAGGACUGAUUGAAGCACAGAAUAUGCACACUGGUUUAUGUAACAGCACAUUUUCUAAUCAUCUCAUCUCCCCAAUCCUGUUACAACGCCUCCUUAUACCUGCCAAAUGUGAACUUUUCAACAACAAAAAAAGGAAAAUACGCCGAUUUUUAAGUCAAAAAUUGCGAGGGCUUUCUGUCACUUGCACCCACUGUGUGUAGAUACAAAUUUACUGUGGUAAUAUUGUCAGUCUUUAGUGGACAUUUACACAUAAACGAUAGCUUUCAGUAAAUAUUCACGCUCAUUUUGAUCUGACACUUGUAGUUUGAUAUUGAAAUACCAUAGAAUAGUAUCACAAUGCCAAUGACUUAAGUUCUAAAGACAUAGCAUUUAUGUAACUUGUCUAUGGAAAUAACAUUAGUUUGACCUGCACCCAUGCACUGAACACACAGGUCAGCCAAUAUUUGCGUUGUUAGGUCACAGAAAUAGAGAUGAUAUGUGAAAUAUGCUAAGAUAUCAGUGAAGCCUCCAACAAUUUAAUGCAACAAAGUUUCCAGGCAUACAUAACUCGAGCUGAGGAUGGAACAUUUUCUUUCAUUCCACACACAUAUAUCUGCUCCUCUUGUUUUUGUGCAUUUUUUAAAGGUGACGUUGAUUAAAGGUGCCAACUCUUGCUUCGUGUUACUCUUCUGUUUAAAAUCAGACCUUGAUGACUGAAAAAGCUUUAAUGUAAACGGUGCUCCUUUUCUUCUCUGUCCCAGCCUGCAGUGCAUACCAGUCUUUUUUGAGCAGAGCAGUGAAUUGCAGGGUGAACAGCCUUCUCUCUUAAAACUAUUUUGCUUGCUUAUGUUUUGUGAAAAGGUCCAGCCUCAGGAUCCAGGACCGAAGUGCCACAGCCACCAAUGCAUUCUCCUGUUAUUGCUCCUCUCUUCUCAAUAAAUGUGUUUACUGUGCAUAAUA